AAUAAAAGCGGGUGAAGUGAGUCCAGAUUGGCCCAUUCAGGUGAAGGUUUGAUUUUUGACCUGGAAGACCAGCGUGAACUCGCUGCAGCAUGAAAUAUCCCGCCGUAACGGGAGCGCUCGGCUCCACUGAUAAUCCGCGCUGCACUUGACUCCCGACCGACACACACUUGACACACCGCCGGGGGGGAAACAUGUCGCGUUUUGUCGCUCGCCUCCUCGCUGCGGUUUCUCAACAACACGCGGCGGUCAGAUCAGCGGUGAUACCGCGGAGGAUCCCUCCGUUCGUCCGCUGUUUCUCCACAUCUCCAGGCCUCAAGUCUCUCACACGUUACAACAAGACUACAGACUGGCAAAAGAAGCUGACACCAGAGCAGUAUUUCGUCACAAGAGAGAAAGGAACUGAAGAGCCCUUUAGUGGAAUCUACUUGAACCAUUUUGAAAUGGGAAUGUACCACUGUGUUUGCUGUGAUGUUCCCCUCUUCAGUUCAGAAGCUAAAUAUGAUUCAGGGACAGGCUGGCCAGCAUUCAAAGAGGCUCAUGGGACAUGGGAGCGAGACGAGAGCCAGGCCUCCAUUGUUCGUCGCCCUGACAACAGCCUGGGUAGUGCUGGGACAGAGAUCCUCUGUAAAAAUUGCGAUGCCCACCUUGGCCAUGUGUUUGAAGACGGACCAGACCCGACGGGGCAACGGUUCUGUAUAAACAGCGCAGCCCUCAAAUUCAAACCCAGAGAAAAUGGUGUUGCUGACACAGAAGAGCAGAAGUGAUGGACUUGCUUCAGUUUUGAUUGUAGCAUUUACACAGAACAAGUGGGCUUCACCAGAAGUGAAUCGGUUGAUAAA